CACUGAGUGGUUUUAACGCUUGGAGCGAGGUCAUACACGAAGAAUCGACGUCAAUUGCAGCACGCAUUCGACGCCGAACAACUACUUACCAUGGCGUCCCUACGAACCCAGACCACAGCUAAGCUGCUCCGCUCCGCAACAUCAAUAUCGAGGCCCGCGUACGCAGCGGUACAGCGACGAUUUAAAACCGACGAUGCCAAAGCCCUGACCGAGACGACGCCAGCGGGUGCGGGUAUUACUCCUGCCGCAAGGCCUGCCAACUCGCCCGAUUAUGGUGUGCACAUCGACAAGGCGACAUCGACCUUCACACCUGUCCCAAAGCGAGUAAUGGACGGCAGCGAGGAAGGCGAGGUCCUACCCGCCGCGGUGCUCUCCGGUGCGCCUAUGGAGCUGCAAGCUCGCACCGUCCGCAUCUUCCAACCGAGCAAACCAGCAACUCAGUCCGGAAACUGGGGUGCGCACCACUGGCGUAUGGAUUGGGACGUGCUUCCUAAGGGUCACCGAUGGGAGAACCCGCUGAUGGGCUGGCAAUCCUCGGGUGAUAUCAUGCAAGGCACACAUCUCAACUUCAAGAGCAAGGAGGACGCCAUUGCCUUCGCCGAGAAGCAGGGCUACGAGUACUUCGUUCAGCAACCCAACAAACGAUCGUUUACGCCCAAGGCCUACGCCAACAACUUCUUGUACACCCCGGGGAAGCUAAAGCACGUCCGCACAAAGUAAACUAGAGAGUCGAAAUAGUCAGGUGCAGUGGCUCAAGUCAAUCAAGUCUUUAAAGCGGCACGAGCCAUUAGGGGUUGGUCAAUUGUAUAUAUGUUAAAAACAUGA